UUGUUUGUGCACUGUAUAUAAAUACACAGCUGCUCCUCACUAUGAGAUGUGAGCAGCCCAUGCAAGUAUGAAAUUCUUGCUGGUCUUCUGCUUGAUCCUCUUCUCAAGGACUCUGUGCAAUGCCCGCUGUUAUUUUAGAACAUCCAGCAAGUACGGGUGCAUUUCAAACAGAAACCUCUAUGUUUUCGGUGCGGUGUGGAAGACUGAAGAUUGUUACCAAUGCAAGUGUAAGAUGAAUGCGAUGGUUUGCUGCAGCUUGGUUUCAAUCCCCAAGAACUAUGACAGAGUGAACUGCGUUGGUCUGUUCCACAAGAAAAGCUGCUCCAUCCGAGUAGUGAAGAAGACUAAUCCUGACAUAAGCUGCAAAGUCUACAAUGGGGUUGGUUAAGGUUUUUCGGUGUGUUUCUCGUCUUUCUUCUGCACAUCCCCUGGAAGUUAGAUAUGCUCUACAUCUCUCAGUUAGAGAAAAUUAGCAAAGCAGCGUGGUUUCAGGAGGAAUGGAUUCACCUCACGCCUUUCACAGCUCUAGUUGUGCCAUCUGUCUUAUUUCUGACACUAGGUGGUUUGUCUUAUUAUAUAUACAUUUGUAACAAAGCUUUACCACACAUAACUUUGUGACUUUUUUUCUGUUGGUAUCCAGGGUUAAAUAAAUUUUCACAUAUAUCAAAUAA